AUGGUAGUUGUGGACGCCUACUGGAAAUGGCUAGAAAUAGUCCUCAUGACCUCUACCAUGGCAGAAGUGGUCAUCAAGGCACUAUGGAGACUUUUCUCCACUCAUGGCCUGCCCGAUGUCUUGGUCUCUGACAACGGGCCCCAAUUUACGGCCAUGCAGUUCAAGACUUACUUAGCAGCACAGGGAAUCAGACAUGCCCUGGUCGCUCCAUUCCAUCCGGCUUCUAAUGGUCAGGCUGAGAGAAUGAGCUCGAGGACGGUCGAAAUUGGAGAUGGCACAUUGACCAACUCUGCGGCUGCAUCUCCAACUCCAGUCUUAGGCAACCAGAGGGAAAAACAAACAAUAUGGCAUGUCCUUUCCUUCUUGUUCACCAUCCAAGAGAUCACCCAGAGUCCAAGUAUCUUAUCGAAUAUCACUUUGGGCUACAACGUCCAUGAUGUUUAUUGCAGUGAAGAAAUCACUUUUGAAGCCUUGCUAGACCUUCUUUCUUUUGGACAAGCCAACAUUCCCAAUUAUAAGUGUGGAGGAGAGGAGAACCUGCUGGCUGUUCUUGAUGAGACAGACUCUGACAUCUCCAUCCAGAUUUCAACGCCCUUAGGCAUCUACAAAAUCCCACAGAUAUCUUAUGCUUUUGUUUCUCAAGUGUUGAGCAAUAAAGACCUAUUCCCAUUUUUCUACCGGAUGGUGCCUGAAGAGGGAAUCCAAUAUUCAGGGAUGGUCAAACUCCUCCUUUAUUUCAGGUGGACCUCCAUCGGCCUCGUUGCUCCCGACACAGACAAAGGAGAGGUGUUUCUGAAAAUGUUGACGCCACUCCUGGAAACGAAUGGCAUUUGUGUCCUUUUCUCACUAACCCUCUCAGGGAUAAAUCGGUACGAAGUGGAUAUCCCUUCUGAUAUCUUUCUCAAAUGGAAACAAAUCAAUGUCUAUAUUUUCUUGGUGGAGACAAAUUCUGACUUCAUUAGAAUGCGUCUUAUAGAAAAUGUCUUUGAGGAGGAAAUAAAACCGAAACAAGGGAAAAUCUGGAUCAUUACAGCAAUGAGGAAUAUCAUCCUUGACCUGAAGUACUCUUCUCUGUCUUUCCAGUACACCUAUGGCUUUUUUUCCUUCUAUCUCCGGACCGAGAAGAAGAUAAAAUAUGAUGACAUGGUUCUCUUCUAUGCUUCAAUGGAGCUGUAUGUUUAUCGAGCAUUUCGAUGUUCGUAUUCUAAACAUGCCUUGUCUGUGAAAGGCUGGAUAAGAUGCAGAGAGAGAGAGAAUCGAAGGUCUUUGCCCCAGGAGCAAAUUGAAAGGGUGCUUUCCCUCAAUGGCUACCGCCUCUACAAGACCAUCUGGGCUGUGGCCCAUGCCUUAAACGCUGCCUUUGCCUCCAGAUCCAAGCAGAGGAGGAGGAGGAAAAGUGGGAAGGAGUCGGGAAUUCAAACUCUGCAGCCUUGGCAGCUACAUCCUUUUCUACAAAAUUCUCAGCUUUACAACCAUUCCAUAGAGAGUGUAUACCUAAGUAAGGACGGAGAGCUAAUAGCUGACUUGGACAUUAUCUACUGGGUGAAGUUUCCCAAUAAAUCUGUCAAUCAAGUCAUCUUUGGGAGCAUAGAGGGACAGGGAUCCUUGGAGUCCAAGUUGAUUAUUAAGGAGGAAGCCAUUGUCUGGCCAAAAUGGCUUAACCAGUCCAUGCCCCCUUCCAGGUGUGUUGAAAGCUGCUAUCCCGGAUGGGUCAAGCUAGUUCCAGAAGGAGAUCCAGUCUGCUGCUACAAGUGUGUUCCAUGUGCAGAUGGGACCAUCUCCAUUCAGAAAGAUGCAGAGCAGUGCUUCCGAUGUCCAAACAAUCUGUAUCCAAACAAAACUAAAGACCAAUGUAUCCCUAAGAUCACAGACUUCUUGCAUUACAGAGAAACUUUGGGCAUUGUCAUGGUUUCCUUUGCUUUAGUCUUAUCCUUAAUCACUGGGUUCAUCUUAGGAAUCUUUAUUAAAUAUUUGGAGACCCCGAUAGUCAAAGCCAAUAAUCGGGAUGUUUCUUACAUCAUCCUCACUUCCCUCCUGCUUUCCUUCUUGUCCACUUUUCUCUUCAUUGGACGGCCAAGGAAAGCCACUUGCCUCCUCCGACAAACAGCCUUCAGCAUCAUCUUCUCAGGGGCUGUCUCUUCCAUCCUGGCCAAAACAAUCACAGUGGUGCUGGCUUUCCUGGCCACAAAGCCGGGGAAGAGGAUGAACAGAUGGCUUGGGAAGAGUUUUGCCAACGCCAUUAUCCUUUCUUGUUCUGCUGUCCAGAUAAUCAUUUGCUCCAUCUGGCUCAGUGUCUCUCCACCUUUCCCUGACUCCGACAUGCACUCCCAGCCCAGAGAGAUCACCCUGCAAUGCAAUGAAGGCUCUGUCGCCAUGUUUUAUGUCUCCCUUGGCGUUUGGGUGUCCUUUGUGCCUGCCUAUCAGAGCACCAAGGGGAAGUCCAUGGUGGUCGUGCAGGUCUUCUCCAUCUUAGCCUCUAGCGGUGGCCUGCUGGUCUGCAUCUUCUUCCCCAAGUGCUACAUUAUCAUCCUAAGGCCUGAUCUGAAUACAAAAGACCACCUGACCACAAAAAGGAAAGAUGGCAUCUGA